GUUCGGAGGAUGCACAAUGGCCCCUCCGGGCAGUGAGGGGCCGUGGCCCCGGAGCCGGACCUACCGCAGCCACGCCCCGCAGCCGGACCCCCGGGGUCCGAGUGCAGCGCUGCCUUCGGAGUCGGCCAGAGCUCCGGUCUGACCCGCGGGGACUUGCCCGCGCCCCGCGCCUCGAUGGGCCUGUGCUACAGCCUACGGCCGCUGCUCUUCGGGAGCUCGGGGGACGCCCCCUGUGAGGACUCUGAGCCGUGCGCUGAGGAUGCUCAGCCCAGCGCCGCCCGGGCCCCGGCCCCGGCCCCGAUCCCAGCCCCGGCUCCGGUGGGGACCCUGCUCCGGCGAGGCGACGGCCGGAUCCCCGCAAGCGCGAGGUCGCCAGUCGAGCUGCAGAACCGCCGGCGACAGGAGCAGCUGCGAGCCGAGGAGCGCGAGGCAGCUAAGGAGGCGAGGAAAGUAAGCCGGGGUAUCGACCGCAUGCUGCGCGAACAGAAGCGCGACCUGCAGCAGACGCACCGGCUCCUGCUCUUGGGGGCUGGUGAGUCCGGGAAAAGCACUAUAGUCAAACAGAUGAGGAUCCUACACGUCAAUGGCUUCAACCCCGAGGAAAAGAAGCAGAAAAUUCUGGACAUCAGGAAAAAUGUCAAAGAUGCUAUUGUGACAAUCGUUUCAGCAAUGAGUACCAUAAUACCUCCAGUUCCACUGGCCAACCCUGAGAACCAGUUUCGGUCAGAUUACAUCAAGAGCAUAGCCCCUAUCACUGACUUUGAAUAUUCCCAGGAGUUCUUUGACCACGUGAAGAAGCUGUGGGAUGAUGAGGGAGUGAAGGCCUGCUUUGAGAGAUCCAACGAGUACCAGCUGAUCGACUGUGCACAAUACUUCCUGGAAAGGAUUGACAGCGUGAGUCUGGUUGACUACACACCCACAGACCAGGACCUACUCAGAUGCAGAGUGCUGACAUCAGGGAUCUUUGAGACACGAUUCCAAGUGGACAAAGUGAACUUUCACAUGUUUGACGUUGGAGGCCAGAGGGAUGAGAGAAGAAAAUGGAUCCAGUGUUUUAACGAUGUCACUGCCAUCAUCUAUGUGGCAGCCUGCAGCAGCUACAACAUGGUGAUCCGGGAAGAUAACAACACCAACAGACUCCGGGAGUCGCUGGACCUGUUUGAAAGCAUCUGGAAUAACAGGUGGUUACGAACCAUUUCCAUCAUCCUGUUCUUGAACAAACAAGAUAUGCUGGCAGAAAAAGUCUUGGCAGGGAAGUCAAAAAUUGAAGACUAUUUCCCGGAGUAUGCCAACUAUACUGUCCCUGAAGAUGCAACACCAGAUGCAGGAGAAGAUCCCAAAGUUACAAGAGCCAAGUUCUUUAUCCGGGAUCUGUUCUUGAGGAUCAGCACAGCCACGGGUGAUGGCAAACAUUACUGCUACCCUCACUUCACCUGCGCCGUGGACACAGAGAACAUCCGCAGAGUGUUCAACGAUUGUCGUGACAUCAUCCAGAGAAUGCACCUCAAGCAGUACGAACUCUUGUGAGGGCCACCCACCCACCCCUCCUCCUCCUCACUGCUGCCUUUCCUCCCUCUUGACCACCCCAUGAGGCAGCAUAUCCCCCUAGCCUGCGUGUCUGUCCACCCCGAGCCAAGGUAGGGAGUAGUGAGUGUCUAGUGUCAUCGGACUGCCGUCUGUCCUGUCCUAGGUAUGCCUAUGUGUGACCACCAAGCCUCUGGCUACCUCUGUUCCCCAAGGUUUGGUUCUGUGACUUUGUUUUCACUGGACAAAACAGCCUCCCACCACCAAUUUGUAUCCCCGUAUCACCCUCUGGGUGGUACUGCAGUGGAUUUUCUCUGGGUGGGAAUCUAUUUAUUCUUUGAUGGAAUGGUUGAUGGGUUGAAUCAUCAAAGACAGCUUGGUGAACGGGGGAAAUACAUUGUUUUCAAGUUAUCAAGCAUGAUCACAAAACUGUCCGGACAGUGCCACGCACUUGGUUUUUCCCUUUAUAAAAGGUUGGGCUACCCAGUGUCUGCCCCUUCUGGUCUGCAUUGGCCCAGGGCUUAAAGCAGAUCCACGUCAGCAACAGAAGACGAGGACCUUUUUCAGCCACAGUUGCAAUGGCUAUAAGCCUUGGGCAUUUGGGUUAGAGCACUUCUGGGAGCCUUUUACACUUGGGCAGAAAGCCGGCCACAUUCACUACUAAUGGUGUCCUGUCUAUAAACAAGGGGUCCUCUACACCUUCCUGAUAGCUGGGCAUAGUCCUUCCUGUCUUCUUUCUGUUGUUGCUUUACCAGACUGUACAGACCACAAGAUGUACUACUCUUUUCUGUGGCUACUCCAGAAGCCUCCUUGUAGAGUUCCGUGCCUUGGUGGCGGCUAUACCUGUAAGGAAACGUGUCCCUCCUGUGCCAAGCAGCCUGCAGUCCACACAGCCUGCUGCUUCACAGUGGGGAAUCAGUAGUAUCUGCCCAUCUUAGGAUAUUUUUAUCAGGUUGGCACUUAUGGAAGACUCGGUGAUUUUAGAAUCAUCCACUUUACCAGCAGUAUCUUCCCAACACUGAAACUGUUGCAGCCACCCGCUUUUACUGCUCCAAACCUGAGCUGCUGCACACAUUGGGAUGACCCGCUUUCAAGGCUUAAAUUACAAUCAAUUCUUUUUUCAGGGUUCUAAGGGGUUCCCCCCCACUCCCCUCUCAAGGUGAUCAGUUUUCAAUGACCCCUUCAAGUUCUGUAGUCAGGAGCAGGCCAACCAUCCCUUAGUUAAGUUCUACACACAGGCCACCAAACAAGAAACCGGUGGUCAGAGGAAAGCACAGGGGUGUCCAUGUUGUAUAUGGCUGAGGACAAUAAGGAUGAUGUCAUCUGAAGAUGAAAUAUACAAAACUACUUAUUUAUUAUCUGUCUCUCUAUUUGCUAGGGAUGAGCCCAGCACCUAGUGCAUGCUAGGCAAGCACUCUACAGCUAGUCCAUAUCCCCAGCCACAACUCCAGCCCUCACAAAAACCUUUAUUUUAAAUAUAAAGACAAAAUAAAUGGCUUCUCCUCA